AUGCUACUAGGCUGUAAGUCCGCCGGCGCUCGAUAUGCAGGAACUUUCCUCGGGGCCAUGGGCAUCUACCCAGCCAUUGCGAACACGAUUUCAUGGACUAGUAACAACACCGAAGGUGUAUACAAACGAGGUGUCUCCCUAGGGUUUAUCAUCGGCUGGGGAAAUCUCAACGGCAUCGUAUCAUCGAACAUCUACCGCGAUAAUGAUAAGCCAAACUACUACCCCGGUCACGGAGUAGUACUCGCCUACCUGGUCCUGUUCCUCUUUGGCGGAUCCGUGGUGCAGUACCUCCUGCUGCGGCGUGAGAACGGCAAGCGCAGACGUGGCGAACGCGACCACUGGAUCGAGGGCUUGGACCAGAGCCAGAUCGAGUUGUUGGGUGACAAAAGACCGGAUUUCCUUUACACGCUGUGA